AUGUUCGUACUUUUGGCAAGGAAGCAUGUAGAAUUUGCUGACAAACAAAAACAGAAAGCUUACAAGCGUCAUUUAUACAAGAGAGAUAAACCAUACUUUUUGAAAAAAAUAAAUGACCGUAUUGGGAAUGUCGAAAAGCGAUUAAAUUCUCUUGAAUUCCUGGAAAAAAAAGUUGAAAAAUUUGAGCUCGAGGUGACAAAAAUUUGGAAUUAUUUAACGGAUCAAAAUACAAAAUGCAGUGAGAGGUUGACGAACGUAGAAGACAAGGCAGAAAGUACUGAUUUUAAUCUUGGUAUUGUAAAUUCAAAGGUGGAGGAGUUACAAAGUAAAAAUAAACAAUUAACUGAGGAUUUGGCAUACGUACAGUCCCAGUCAAUGAGGAACAAUCUCAUAUUUGGAAAUAUUGAAGAGGCCCGUCAGGGCGUAAACGAGAACACAGAGGACUUGUUACGAGAAUUUUUAGUGGACAAAAUGAACAUUGCUAAAGAGUUUGUUGAGCAAAUGAAGUUUGAACGGGUUCACAGAAUGGGAGAUAAAGGAAGGGGUGAUAGGAAGAUUGUUGCAAAGUUCACUUUAUUCAAAGACAGAGAGCUGGUAAGAAAAUCAUGGAAAUCGUUAGACAAAUCAAAAUACUUUGUACACGAGCAGUUCCCUAAGAGUGUUGUAGAUAAGAGAAAGAAAUUAAUGCCAAUGGUUAAGGAAGCGAGAAGAAACGGACACAGUGCGUGGAUAGCUUACGAUAUAUUAUAUAUUGAUGGAAAAUCACAGAGGGGCGUAGCUAAUCCAUUGUUUUGUAAAUCUGUUGAAAAGAAUAAUACAGGUUCCUUUUCAGAUAACCGGUUAACAAAUAGAAAUAAGGAAUGGUUUGAUUACGAGUGCAUUCAAGCAAGGCAACGUUAUACUGAUGCACUACAUGUUUUUAAUAGAUGUAAAACUGAAGUAAACAGAGAAGAGUUAUUUUUGUUAAAAGGUCGAUAUAAGAAUGAUAUGGUUAUCCUUGGAAAUUCAGUUAAAGAAAUUAACGAAAGUUUAAAAUUGUUGAAUGUAUAUUGUAAAAAAUGGAGUUUAGAAGUUAAUGUAGAAAAGACUAAAGUAAUGGUGUUUCGAAAACGAGGUGGAAUAUUACAUAAUGAGGAAUUUUUGUAUAAUGGAACAACCCCUCCAAAGUUACAGGUGGGUCAGACAGAGACGAAAGUUUAUGUGCCGCCGAUAGCAGCAAACAGUAAGGUUGGCUUCAAGGAAACUGUCGCAGCAGUUGAUGAGGAAAGUAGUACAUGCAGGCUGACUGUCAUACGAGAGGGAAUGUAUGGUACCCUGGAAGUUUCCUGGCAGAGUGGCUUCCCCGAGGGCCGGGUACCAGUUGACUUCACUGAAGGUACAAUGGUACCAGACUCCAGCAGUAUCAAAAUACCACACGGAAUUGAUGAAAAAAACUUUACAGUUUCGUUGACAGCAACAUGGGAUGUUCCGGAGCUGUUUGCUGUACAUCUUCCAGUGGCACCCUCUACAACAGUCGCUGGAGGUUCAAGACUGCUGCAGGAUCGUACUCAGGUCAAUAUUGAGCCGUACGGUCUGUUAAGAUUUGCUGACAAUUCUACAAAUCCUUCAGUCUCCGAAAUGUUUGGAAAGAUUUAUCUCCAAGUACUGAGACUAUACGGAUCUCGGGGCAAAGUAGAAGCCAGGUACCGAGUAGAAGGUAUAAGUGCGGUUCCCGAGUUUGACUUUAACACAAUAGAGAACCAUGCAGUUGCCAUGGAACCAGGACAGACAUCUGCUCUCAUUAUGAUUGAGAUUUUGCAGGACAACAGGCCAGAACAAGAAGAAAUAUUUCAUGUAAAUCUGACAGAUGUUGAGAAGUUCCCAACUGACACAACACCCAGUAUAUCACCACGUAUCAGCUAUAUACACCAGUCUUCCGUUGUCAAGAUAGAAGAAAGCAAUGAUCCGUAUGGUGUACUACACAUAGAGCCGACGUACAUAACUGUCGAGGAACGUUUCCAACAAGUCAACCUCACAAUAAAACGUACAGGAUUAGUGAAUGAAGAUAAUACAGGUGGUAUAUUUGGGACAGUGAGUGUUGUAGUCAGGACAGUGGGUGGGGGAGAAUCGUGGACGUCACAGAUAAAUCCCAAAGAAGGUGACGGAAAUGAUACAAUCAGGGAAAUACUGUACAAUAGAGAUAAAUUUACGUCUGCUUUAUCCUCUGAGGACUAUGUUGUUCUCGACACGUCUGUCACGUUUCAGCAAGGUGAAACAGAUAAGUUUGUAGAAGUGACAAUUCUUGCUGAUGAUUUGGCUGAGCCAGACCAGACCGUCCUUGUUUACCUGACACAGCCAACAGGUGGCGCUAGAAUAGCUGCUGGAGAGGUGGAUGGUGGUAGAAAGGGAUUUGCUGUAAUUACAAUAGCAAGAAAUGAUUUGUCUAGUGGAAUGAUAGGGUUUGCCAGUGAUUCUCUCCAGGUCACUGCUAAUGAAGAUGCCGGGCAACCAGCUACUCUCAGACUUGUACGCUCUCUGGCAAUCUACGGACAGAUUGAGAUAACUUGGAAGGCAAAGGUGUCAGCGGAAAGCACGGAACCAGAGGACGCACUGCUAGGCAGACAACUUGAGACAACAUCCGGCACGGCAACAUGUCCACCACUGCAAAAACACUGCCUCUUCAAUGUUACUCUCAUUGAUGAUGAGGAGCCAGAAGAGGAAGAGACUUUUGUUGUACAGCUGGUGUCAGUACUGAAUGAUGCUAAACUUGACCCUGACGCAUCUAUAGCUACCGUUACCAUGGAAGCAAGUGAUUAUGUUAGAGGACUUAUAGAAUUUACUGAUGAUUCAAGGGAUGUUGUGGUCAGUAGUUUGAAAUCAAGUGUAAGACUAGGUGUCAGACGAGUCAAAGGUUCCAAAUACAGGGUGGAAGUAUCGUACAGAACAAGGCAGAUGACUCGACAGGAGUUCAUCAAUGGGGUAACUGUUUCGCCAGCCAACGAGGGACAGGACUAUGUCCAGCAGUCUGGAGAACUCGUGUUUGAGCCGGAGAGGCAGGAAAUCAAAUUCAUUGACAUCAAUCUGACACCAUUCCUUGCUUCACAAACUGGGUACCCAAAACAGUUCUACAUUGAACUUGGAGGUCCUUCAAAUGGUGCAAGUGUGAAUCCACAAGCAUCAAAAGCAUUCAUAUUGAUUACUGAACCAAAAGAUCUGGAUAUAUGGGAGAUUAUCAAGGAUGCUGAAGACAAACCACUAAAUGAUGAAAAUAUUAGAGAUAUAAUUGACAAGCUGGAUGAUGUUAUAAACACAAGUGAACAGGUCACUGAAGAUCAGAUGUCACUGACAGAGAAAAUACUUGAGGACAUUGUGGAGGAGGGACUCAAACGCAAACUUCCUACACAGUUGAUUGGUCAGUUGAUUAACUUGCUGUGUAAGUUGCUGAGCCCAGACAAGAAUGAUGCUACUAGAGGGCGCUCUGAGCUGGCAACCAUCAUGGAAAAUGUUGCAUACAUGCUGAUAACUGAGGCAGACUGUCCUUCACCAGAUCCACCUAAACUACAUACUAAGCAAUGUCCCCAUGCUAGUAUUGCUGCAGGAAGAUGGCCUCUAGGAAAGAUUAAAGGAUACCAGUAUGCAGGACAGAGACAGGAUGAAUUUGUCAUUCCAAAAGAUCUGCCAAAUGUUCCAGACAAUAGAGAUACAGAGUGUGAAGACUUCCACAUGAUAGAGUAUAGCAGUGAGCAGUGGUUCCAGAGAGGUCCAAAGAAAGAACUCCUCAGUAACAAGGUGAUUUCAUUUGGAUUAAAGGGCCGUGAUUCACAAUACACUGACUUCCCAGUGGUAUAUCGCAUACAUAGUCCUGACAGACGUAUAGCAUCUAGUCGAGCAAAGUGUGUGUAUUAUGACAUGGGCUUGAAUCAAUGGGUUGACCUUAGUGACAUAUGUCAGGUCACAAAUGACCUUGAUCUUGGAGUUGAUGAUUUUGUUGACUGCUCAUGCAAGCACUUGACCCACUAUGCUGUCAAAGCUACGACCUCUGAUCGUGGCCUUGUUGGAUAUUCUGUGUGGUUCUUCGUCUCUUGUUUCAUCUGUAUGACUGGACUGCUUGCAGCAAUUCUUGCCCAUCAUAUAUGCUCUGUCAGUGCAAUGUUUAGUGCCAGUCUACUGAUGCACAUGUGCUUUGCUGCCAUGGCAACACAAAUAUGUUAUGUAGUGGCAGCAUACCUGAGCCCAGAUGAAAUUAUUGUAUACACUAUAGGGGAAGACAAUUAUAGAUGUAUAGUGAUGGGGCUGUUCCUUCAUUAUUUCUUUCUCUGUCAAUUUUCAUGGAUGAUGACACAGGUUUGCAUUAUUUCUAUAUCAUUUUUAGCUCGACUAUUCAUAGAAUAGUAGAGCUAUUGAACU